AUGCCGGUCGACGACUUCGGUGAGAUAUUCGGCGAAUUGAUUUGGCUUCGCAUGGCAGAUCCCAUCUCCUUGGUUGCGAGCGUGCUGGCCAUUGCGACCGCGGCCGCUCAAAUCGGCAAGGCCAUCUCCCGAUUACGAGCUUUCGGAGAGGUUCCGAAGCAAGCCUAUGCGCUCAAAAACGAGAUCACGGACCUUGAGCUUGUACUUCGUCAAAUAAGCGCAGCUCUCCAGCAAAGAACGAUAUCGUCAGAGGCCGGUGAAGAGUCGCUGGCGCCAAUUCUAACACGAACCAAGGCCUACCUCUCAGAUCUGGCAAAGGCUCUUGAGAAGUUUGCUGACUUGUGCGCUGGACAUGGCACCAGUACUGCAAUCGAUAGGAGUAUUCUGCGAUACAAAGGCAAGGCGCUUUUGCAGGGUUUCCAGGAAAAGAUACGGACGGUCAAAGAAAGUCUGAACAUGAUGUUGGGUGCUUCAAACUCGUAA